ACACUGUUCGCAACUCACGCUUCGCGAGUCAAAUUUUUUAAAUUGUUAAAUUAAUUCAAUACGCUGAUGAACAAUUGUAUGCGUAUGCGUGCGUAAAUAAAAUAAAUAAAAGUUGCCGCUGGGCUGCGAAUAAGCUUGAUUUCAGCGACUAAAUUGAAGUGCAUUUCGGAACUGCGUCACGUCGUGUCGUGCGUUUUGUUGUUGUUCUUUGGGUUGGGUUUAUAAGUAGAAAUACUUAUUUUUAAACAAAUUCGUGAAGGGUACGCUACGAUCACAUAAAUAAAGUAUGUACAUAAUGUGUACAUAAUUGCAGCAUUUGUGGUGUAGCGGAAAGUUUCGUGCCAAAAGAAAUGAUCAAAACGAGUUUCAGUUUGAGUGCGAAUCUGUGUAGUAGUGGAUAAAAGAAAACAAUUCGCACAGCUUGGCGAGAUGUUGUAAGCAUUUAAAAAUAUAUUCAUUCGGCGAAUGAAAGGUGCCAGUGCCAUCCGAAAUAAAUCAGCCAGGUCGCUGGAAACCACGAAAGCAAAACGUGUAAACUAAUUGAGUGUAAAUUGAGUGCAUUCCUUGCCUGCAGUGCAGUUGUUUUGAGUGGAGGAACAAAGGCACGCCAGGCCCCAGGCCACUAAACUGUGGUUAAUUUUCAGUAGUGGCGGAGGAAGACUUUCCAUCAUGUUUCGGUUAAUGCUAUUUGGAUGGCUGUUGGCCUGUAUGGCACUGCUGGUCCACUCGGAGCUCACCGAAUUGGAUGGCCCCAAUAUAUGCAAGCGGCGCGAGAGCUACCCCGUUGAAGUGGUCUACACGGAACUGCAGUCGUACCAGGAGCGUGGCUCCAAUUGGUGCCUCACCAUACCACCACGCUGCUCCACGUAUCGCAUCAAGAAUCGUAUCGUAAACAAGACCAAGACCAUCAUGAAGAAUCGCAUUGUGCGUGACUGCUGCGAUGGCUACGUGUCCAGCGGCGGGGAGUGCGUGCCCCACUGUACGGACCAUUGCGAGCACGGCAGAUGCAGCCCCGAGAAGUGCAAGUGCGAUCAUGGCUAUGGCGGCCCUGCCUGUGAUAUAAAUUGUCCGCCUGGCUGGUACGGACGGAACUGCUCGAUGCAGUGCGACUGCCUGAACAAUGCCCUCUGCGAGCCCUUCAGCGGGGAGUGCGAGUGCGCCAAGGGCUAUACGGGCGCCAGGUGUGCCGAUGUCUGUCCGGAGGGACGCUUUGGCGCCAACUGCAUCGAGGAGUGCCGCUGCGAGAAUGGUGGCAAGUGCCAUCACGUCUCUGGCGAGUGCUCCUGUGCGCCCGGUUUCACGGGCCCCCUAUGCGAUAUGCGCUGUCCAGACGGAAAGCACGGAGCACAGUGCCAGCAGGAUUGUCCCUGCCAGAACGACGGCAAGUGCGAGCCGGAGAGCGGUGCCUGCAUCUGUAAUCCGGGCUGGUCGGGUGACGUGUGCGCCAACAAGUGUCCCGUGGGCAGCUAUGGCCCCGGCUGUGAGCUCUCCUGCGAGUGCUACAAGGGAGCUCCGUGCCAUCACAUCAGCGGACAAUGCGAGUGUCCACCUGGCUAUCUGGGGGAGCGCUGCUUCGACGAGUGCCCCCUGAACACCUUCGGCCUGAACUGCACCCAGAACUGUAGCUGCGAGAACGACGCAACCUGUGACCGGGCCACCGGUGUCUGCAUCUGCAACGCGGGCUGGCGCGGGGAUCGGUGCGAGGAGCGUAUCUGCCCGACGGACAAGUUCGGGCCGGACUGCAACCAAACCUGCGAGUGCGACAUGGAGCACACGGAGCUGUGUCAUCCAGAGACGGGACGUUGUCAGUGCAGCAUUGGCUGGAGCAGCGCCCAGUGCACGCGGCCCUGCACCUUCCUGCGCUACGGCCUCAACUGCGAGCAGACGUGCAACUGCAAGAACGGCGCAAAGUGCUCCCCAGUGAAUGGAACGUGCUUGUGCGCUGCCGGCUUCCAGGGACCCACUUGCGAGGAGAGCUGCGCACCAGGGACCUUUGGACAGGACUGCGCCCUGCGCUGCGACUGCCAGAACGGAGCCAAGUGUGUGCCGGAGACGGGACAGUGCCUUUGCACUGCCGGCUGGAAGAACAUCAAGUGCGACAGGCCCUGCGAUCUGAAUCACUAUGGGCAGGACUGCCGCAGCGUGUGCGACUGCCACAACAAUGCCGCGUGCAAUCCGCAGAACGGCAGCUGCACCUGUGCGGCCGGCUGGAUGGGCGAACGAUGCGAGCGGAAGUGCGAUGCGGGCAAAUUCGGCCACGAGUGCAGUCAGAAGUGCCAGUGCGAUCAGCACAACAGCCUGGCCUGCGAUGCCACCAACGGGCGUUGCGUCUGCAAGCAGGAUUGGGGAGGCGUUCAUUGCGAGACCAACUGUCGGACCGGUUACUAUGGUGAAAAUUGUGAUAAAGUUUGCAGAUGCCUCAACAAUUCAUCCUGCGAUCCGGACAACGGCAACUGCAUCUGCUCACCCGGCUGGACCGGCACCGACUGCAGCGAACCCUGCCCGACUGGAUUCUAUGGCAUGGAGUGCAAGGAGCGUUGCCCAGAAAUAUUGCAUGGUAACAAGAGCUGUGACCACAUCACCGGAGAGAUACUCUGCCGCACUGGAUAUCUGGGCCUCACCUGCGAGCAUCCGUGCCCCGCUGGACUCUAUGGCCCCGGCUGCAAGCUCAAGUGCAACUGCGAGCAUGGCGGCGAGUGCAACCAUGUGAGUGGCCAGUGCCAGUGCCUGCCCGGCUGGACGGGGGCCAACUGCAACGAGUCCUGUCCCACAGACACGUACGGCCAGGGAUGUGCCCAGCGCUGCCGCUGCCUGCACCACAAGGUCUGUCGCAAGAACGAUGGCAUGUGCAUCUGCGAGACCGGCUGGACCGGCACCCGCUGCGAUGAGGUGUGCCCAGAGGGCUUCUACGGCGAGCACUGCAUGAACGCCUGUGCGUGUCCAUCGGCCAAUUUCCAGUGCCAUGCGGCGAACGGUUGCGUGUGCCGCAGCGGCUACACCGGCGAGAACUGUGACGAGCUGAUUGCAUCCCAGCGCAUAGCCGAGGCCAACGAUGAAUCGGGACGAGCGAGCGUUGCCCUCACCCUGGUGCUACUCACGCUCUUCGCCUGCAUUAUAUUCGCAGUCUUCUUCUACUACCGAAGGAGGGUUUCCAAUCUGAAAACGGAGAUCGCUCACGUGCAUUACACACACGACACGGCAACCACCUGGCCGCCCAGCAAUCACAACUUUGAUAAUCCCGUGUACGGCAUGCAGGCAGAGACGCGCCUACUGCAGAACAAUGCGCGAAAGAUGAACAACUUGGACCAGAGGAGCACGUUGAGCACAGAAUACAGCGGUGACGACUCCAAUGCCAGUGGCAGAGUGGGUAGCUACUCGAUCAAUUAUAACCACGAUCUGCUGAACAAGAACCUUAAUGCGGACCUAACGAAUCCGAACGUGUACAAUGAGUCGCUGAAGGAGGAGCAUGUCUACGAUGAGAUCAAGCACAAAGAGGGCUACAAAGAUCCCGUGAAAAUUUAUAGCAAGAUUUUGUUUCCAGAGGGGGAAUACGAUCAUCUGGACUACUCACGACCAAGCACUUCGCAGAAGCCCCACUAUCAUCGUAUGAACGACACCAUGCUCAACAUCAAUCACGAUGAGGAGAAACCCAACAACCUGAAGAACAUGACGGUGCUGCUGACGAAGCCAGAGCCACCCACAGAGCCAGAGCCGCAGCACGAGAGUUUCGAUAACACCAACAUUGACAAUGUGUCGACUGCCUCGCCCAGCUCCAGUCCGGAGUUCCGCAAAUAAGCAAGCACCACACACACACCUUUACACCCAACAGUCACGUGGAUAAGUUUAAGUUGCAACUGCUGCGAACCAUGAUAUUUUAAAGGGUCUGCAUCUUAGCCUAAUUUAUUCGAUAGCAUUUUAGUUAUGUAUUUUGUCUGUCUCUUCGUAGAAUGAGCGUCUUGCAUUCGAUAUAUUUGUAUGUAAAAUUGUUUCAUUUCUCGUCAAUUCGUUCAGAAUAUGUCAUAGGAGUAAGAUGUGCAUGCUCAAUUGUAAUUGUAAAUUGUUAAUCAGGGGGCCCUAUACAACCCAGAGUGUCGGCCUGACUUUUGUAAAUGUCUUUCGUUUUAUACAUACACCUUUGCUCAUUAUGCUCAUUCAAUUCAUUAUACACAAAAACGACUUAUAUCCUAAGUGAAUACGUAUACAAUUAAGUACCUAUACACCUCUUCCUGUUAAGAAACGAUUGUGCAUUGGAUGUCUGUCUCCAAGAGAAGCUGCCCCAUAUCGAAGGUUGCAAUAAUUUUAAAUACGAGUAAUUACAAAUUGAUAUCAAUAGCAUGUUAAGCAUACGGUAUUUAUAUUUUUAAUAAGACACAUAUUUGUAGAACUGAAUUCGCGGGGGAAGUGUUGAACAAAUUGGGGGUACAAAAUAUUGUAUUUUAAUUGUCUGUAAUAUGAAAACGAUUGGCCAAAAUUGUUUGAAAUGUUUUUUAGAUCGAAUAUUUACACGUAGCUUAAAUAUUGGUAUUUUUUGUAAUACAUCAAAUUGUUUUCAAGUUGUAAUCCAAAUAUUUUAAUUCAAAAUAUGUAUGUAUGUAUGUAGUGGAUAGAUUACUGUUCAUAUAGAUAAUCGGUCUUAGGAAGGCG